CCUGCAUAAUAUCUCUGGAUUGGUCAGAAGUGAAUGACGUAAACUUAAACUCUGUGGAGUAAUGUACAUCACCGAAAUAUAUAGUAGAUGAAGUUCUACUAUAGGAAUAGCCAUGGAAGACAUUUUCGAAGAAGUUGUUUCUUCGGAUGAUAUAAAGAAAUUUGAGACGGUUUACAAUCAGCAAUUGGCUAAUGGAAAGGUAACGGAUAAAGCGCAGUUUGAAUAUGCCUGGUGUCUGGUGCGAAGUAAAUAUUCUGCAGAUAUUCGCAAAGGAAUAAUUCUCCUAGAAGACCUGUUCGAACGAGAGAAGGAACAAAGGAGAGAUUGUUUAUACUAUUUAGCAUUUGGUUCUGCAAGGAUAAAGGAAUACACCAAAGCUUUACAAUACUGCAGAGUGUUCCUACAAGUUGAACCUGGAAACCAACAAGUUCAGGGCUUAGAGAGACUGAUAAAGAAACGGAUGGAGAAAGAAGGGCUGGCUGGAAUGGCUCUGGCUGGUGGAGUUGUACUUGCCGUGGGUGCCAUAGUUGGUAUGGGUGUGGCUAUGGCAGCCCGUAAGUCUUAAGAAGUGUACCAGUCACAACGGCGAUUUUGCUGCACUAUAACCAGUUCCAUAUGAGUGUCAGUCAAGUCAAAGUGGCUAUUUUUUUUCCAAAUGCACAUUAUAUAAAAAUGUAUUUUUUCCACAUUUAGUUUACUUUGUACAAAAUUUUUGCCACUUCAUUUUGUGCAGCAGGUUUGUGCCCAUGAGUCUGCUGUUGACUACUUAGUAGAUAUUGCCAUUAUUACUAUUUGUUAUUAUGUUUUAAUUAUAUAUGUACAGCUUUGUUGAUAAUUUUAUUUAUGAAAUAAAUCUUUUCUCAUAAUAUUGUUAUAGUACAGUUGCACUUUUCUGUGAGAGUAGCAGUAAUUGAGACAUCUGUGAAGUGUGAUUUUUAAAUGUUAUAAUUAUUUCUUAAAAAUAUUUGGAGCUACAUUUUGAAGAUAAGUUAUUUAGAGACUGAUUAACUUGCUUUUAUAUGUAUAUGGCCCAUAAGUCACCUAUUCAUAUAUUUAAAAAAAUAAAAUAUUUUUUCAGUAUAGACAUUGAAUACUAUAUGCAAUAAAAGCACACAACAUGUAAACAUUAUAA